AGUGAGAAAGUGAGAUCUAUAAAACCCGGCACGCAAUAACCGGCGGCUUUCACCUUUUCAUCUUUGUUUUGUUGUACAUGAACAUGAUACGUACAUUCCUCGAUUUAUUCAAUUUGAAGCAUUUUUAGUUUAAAGAUUUACAACAUUGUAUUUUCUGAUUCCUGCACUCCACCCACCAUGGAUAUCAGCACGUCGGUGGAUGUUGAUGUUCCGGAAUUGGAAAAUCGCACAAAAGAACAACCUGAGACCUCCUCUGCAGAUCAACUUGUUCAAGAAGGGGAAGAAUUGAUAAAAGAAGCUGAUCUCUCUGAAAGAAUAAUCUCGGAAGAUGCUGAAGGAACACAAUUUCCAGAUGCCACAGAGACUUCCCAGGGACAAGAUAAUCACGAAGACUUACUCAAUGACGAUGAGAACAUGGAGCAGCUCCCAGAAGAAGAGGCACAUCAAGAAGUGGACAAAAAUGCAGAAUCGAUGGAAAUUGUACCUCCAGACGAAAAUCAUGAAGAACAAUUAAUAAUGGAAGAAUCAUGUCCUGACACAAAUGUCGAAAUCGAGGAGGAGGAAGAGGAAGAGAAUAACCAUGCGACAACUUUACAACUUGGCCGAAUUAAGAAAAUUAUGAAAAUUUGUCUGAUGACAAAUGAAGCAGUUGAUGAAAAUACUACGUUGGUAAAGAAACCUGUCAAAAAGGGGAGAGGAUCUAAGAAGGCUGACGCUUCGACUAAAAAUCAAGGAACGUCUAGUUUUAUGUUGUCCAAAGAAGCUAUAUUCCUCACAGCAGUGGCUACGGAAUUAUUUGUGGCCGCCGUUGCUCAACAGUCGGGUAGAAUUACAGCAUCCACAAAUAAAAAGACGAUGACGAACGAGCAUUUAAAGCGAGCUUUGAGCGAUUCUGAACAGUAUGAAUUUCUUUCCGGAUGUUUCCAACCUUCCAUUCUAAUCGAAUAGGCUCAUCGAACAGUCUAAUCUCGUGUUAAUUUUUACUAUAAUAAUGGUGGCUAUUAUUUGAUACGAAUGACUGUCAUAUCCACCCUUGGAUGGUAAAUAAAAAAUAAGUACUUUGUAAAUCUAUUGA